CAUUUCACGGCAGCAGUGCUCGCUAGCCGUUGCCAGGCUACCGGUAUCAAACAAAUUGUCUUCUUUUCUGAUAAGGACCAACCGAUUAAAAAGUGAAAAAUAGCGGUCUGCACAGUUCUUGUCGAUUUACCCUCUGAAAUUGGGAGAAUCAAAUCCGAUUCAAAACAAACCACCCGGACAAUUGCUGUAGUUGUAUUGGUGUUACGAGAGACGGAUUCUAUCGAUGGUUGAAAAAUCCCAUAAGCUGAAAUGUCGGAUAAGGUUUUGAUAGCUGGUUUCAAUCCCUUCUAUUUGAGCACGGAUGGAUUGAUUAAAGAAAUUGAAAUAACAAACCAUCUUAGCAGUAAGUUAGUUGCGUCCGAAGGCACCCGUUGGCAAUUAGAGCUCACUGCAACUCACGGAUUGAUAGCUGUUAACCGAACCAUCCUAGCCAUUUCGGCAAUAAGCCAGCAAAGUCAUCACCUUUCGUUUGAUCAUGAGAUAGCGCAACUUUCGGCCAGUACCUGGCAUUGUCUGGUGCUACUUCAUAACGGAGAUCUGUACAGGUACGACUUUCAUCAAAAUCAUGCCUUAAAGUUGGAAUUUCUAGGAGUGGAGAACUUAGCUACAGACGAUACAGAAAGGGAUCGUGUAACGCAUGUGGCCUGCGGAGAUCGGGUUUCGGUAGCCGUGAGCAGUUCGAAAACGGUUUUUAACAUUCCUAAUCGGACGUUCCGUUUUCCGAAACACACUCGGAUUGCCAAAGUGUCAGUCGGAUUGGAACACUGCCUCUUGCUAACCGGUAACGGAGACGUUUACAGCUGGGGAGGUGGACUUCGGGGUCAACUGGGAAACGGAGAAAUCACCCAGUACAAGGAGGAGCCACAGUUGAUUGAAGCCCUGGCCGGAAUAAAGAUCGUAGACAUCGCAGCUGGCGGUUGGCAUUCGGGAGCAAUCUCAUCGUUUGGCGAUCUGUACAGCUGGGGAUGGAAUAGCAAAGGCCAACUUGGGCUAAAGGAUGAGUGCAAAGUCCGGGGAAGCGUGUUUCCUCUGCCACAGUUGAUUGAUAUUAGCGUUGGAAUCGAGGAACAAGAGGAAAUUUCUCUAGCACGUGUCUACUGUGGCAAGGAAUUUACUCUUAUCCUAGAUAGUAGAAAUAGAAUUUUCGUUUCCGGAAUCGAUCUGAGUCAAACGACAAUUUUUUCUUCCGUUCAAAGGGAAUUUAAAAUUGAUGGCUUUAAACCGUUUGAGAUGAUGCCAACGUUGAAAGAGCAACAUCGGAUAAACUGUGGACCUUGUUCGGUUGCUUUUGAACGCGAUCCACCGAAAUGAAAACCGCUGGACAGCGUUUGGUACUAUGUUGGGCUACUGCAAUGCAGAUGUCGCUGACUCAUGGCGUGUUUGAUUUGACUGUUAGAGAUGGAAAUAAACUCCACAUAUGUUGA